ACUCCCCGCACGGGUUUGUACUGUUGUCAUGACAACCAGGCGUUUAACGUUACCACAGGGUCGAAACUCAAAUCUGAGUUUCACAGUCUAAAGUUCUCUCCUCUAUAAUUAAAUACUUUCCCUGUAAAGUUAACUCUAAACUAACUGCUGUUGUACACAAAUGGAUUCAGGUGAGUUAUUUGCAGAUAACGGUUAAAAUGCUUUCGACGACCUGCAAAGGUGUAGCCGCUGCCCCGCCGCCGGGGAAAGGAGAAGGAGGAGGAGGCGUGGAGCCAGGACCAGGGAGACAGAGCACCGGCCACAGAGGAGCUCGAAGCGGUGAAGAGAGACGACAGGGGCGCGGUGUUCAGGAGUGGCCCGACGGAUCCAGAUACGAGGGAGAAUUUGUGAACGGAUUCAAACACGGCAAAGGAAGGUACACCUGGAGAAACGGAGAGUACUAUGAGGGCUCUUUCUACAAAGACUACAGGCAUGGCGAUGGACUGUACUGCUGGCCCACAGGCCACAAGUUCAUUGGCAAGUUCUACCUCAACAGAAAGGAGGGAUAUGGACAGCAACAGUUCCCUGAUGGAGCCAUCUUUCAGGGUUUGUACCGUGCUAACCAGAGGUUUGGUCCAGGUGUGGUUAGUUAUCCAGAUGGGCAUCAGGAUGUGGGUGUGUGGCUCGGGGAGCGCCUGCUGAGGCUCUGCAUUACUGUAGAUGAGGGCUUUAGCCUGCAGAACUUUCCUGAAUAUGCUUCUUUCAUGGAGCCAGCUACAGAUCCCCAGCCUCCAAUUCUUUUUAGCAGUCUACAGACAGAAGCCAGGACACACUCUGAGGUGCAUAUAGACAGAGAUCUGUUGUCAGAUGAGAAUUUUAUCCAUCCCCCCGGCAUGGAGAGUUACUCAACAGAUGGCGACCACUUGCCGCUGCCCCCCGGCCGAAGAAGAGAGUUGGAUCAACGCUUUUAUGGCGAGCUGUGGGAGCCAGACGUCUGUCCACACCAAGGCUAUGAGCGAGACCCACUCUCCACCCUGCCCUUACAGGCCCGCAUGGAGGCUCAUAUACAUAAACACAGACUACAGGCUGAAAACGUGGGCUGGGAUGUGGCUGCUGUUCUGUCUCUGAACAGGGAAAGCUUUGGUCCUAAAGGACCUUUGGAAGUCAGUUCAGAGCGGCUGAUCCAGCACGCCUCCCAUGGGGAACUGCAGGCUGUUUCUCAGAUCCUUCAGUCUGGUUUGGUCCACCCUGACGUAGCAGAUUCAAAGGGACACACUGCUCUGAUUGCUGCCACAGUGAACUGCCAUAAUGAUGUGAUCCAGCUGUUGUUGGAUAUGGGUGCUGAUAUGGAUAAGCUGAACUGUGAAGGCAUGUCUGCCCUGGCUGUGUGUCAUGUCCUCUACUACCCGUUUCAGUCUUUGCACACCACUUUUGCUGAACCACCUGCCAAAACUCAAGAACAUGUUUUGAGGUCUCCAUCUGCAUGUGGAAGCAGUCCUCAGAUCAGUCAAGUGGUCUUCACUACAGACACACCUGGAGAUCAUGACAGACCUCAGACCACUAACACAACCCCGAGCAACCAGACCAACCAGAGCCACCUCUCUGACCAGACAGUAGAAGAACUAACAGAGCACAUCUCACAUCACAGCAGUAAAGUGUCCAGUGACAGUGAGUUCGUCACUGAGCGCCAACUCGGCCUAAAUGAACCUGAGACCCCUGCAGACACUGAACACCUGCUGGUUGGAGAGAGAGAAGAGGACAGCAGAGAGACAGAGAGAGAAGGAGCAGAGAGCAGCCAUAGGGAGGAUGAGACAGAGAGCAAAGGAGAAAGAAAGACUGUGGAAGAAUAUGAUGAAACGUGGGAAAGUGAGAGUGAAAUAAAAAGCCAAGAAAGAGUCGUUGAGUCAAGAAUGGAGGGUGUGGAGUUGACAGAGGAGGUGGAGGAAGGUGUAGAAGAGAGAGAGAGGCAUAUUCAUGAGGAGGAUAAAGAGAAGAGAAGAAUCGUGGAGCACUCCAUCCAGGUGAUGGAUGGUCACAUUGCACUGGGCAGCGUGAAGUGGAAGGAACGUCGAGUUCAGCAGGGCACAAACAAAGAUCUGACCCAAAAGCAGGGCUUUGACUCUGCCUGCUCUGUCAGCAGCUAUAACAUCCAGGUCACAGAGGAGGCGAUGCAGCACUCAGCAGAAGCUCUGAGUCGCACAGGGAUUCCCCCGCGCUCAGACACACAGGAGACUGUACGCAAAAUGGCUGCCAUGAAAAUUGAACACCGUGUUCGUUUGAGCACCAUGAAGCUGUUAUUGGAACGGGGAGCUGACCCCAACGUAUCCAAGGUCCCCAUGUCUGUCCUCUUUUUAGCGAUCAUGGCAGCUGACACUGAGGCCGUCAGGAGACUGCUGCUGUGUGGAGCUUGUACUGACAUUCCCCUUCCACCUGAGAGGAAAGGCCUUUAUCCCCUGCAUGUAGCUGCAGCACUGCCAGGUUCAGCAGGUCCCAGAAUCACAGAGCUGCUGCUGCACGCCAUCACCGACCCAGAUGCACAGGCAUGCGACGAGGACGAGAUCUACGAACUGGACAGGGUUUUCAUGAAGUCUCAGGAAACACAGAGCGCUGAUGAGGGGCCACAUCUCAAAGAAGGAGGAAGAACAGCUCUGCAUGUGGCCUGCCAGAGAAACAGUGACUACCGGAAUGCCAGUAAGGUGGUCGCCCUUUUGCUCUCCCACAGAGCCAGCACAGACCUCCUCUGGAGUGGACACUCACCUCUCUCCCUGGCUAUAGCAAGUGGCAAUGACCUGGCAGUGGAGGAGCUGCUGAAAGGAGGGGCAGAUCCCAACAUCCCCCUGGGCCGUGGGGUGGGCAGCGCCCUCUGUGCUCUCGCCAACAUCAACUACAGCUACUGCAUAGGUGUCAACAAAGCUAAGCUGCUGGACAUGUUAGCUAAGGCUGGUGCCGACAUCUUGAUGCCAGUUACGGUGGGUGAUGUUGUUGGAACUGCAGUCGAUUACGCGCACUACUCCUUUAACCAGGACUCGCGUAUUGCCAACACUCCCUUCCACGCUCUGAACAUGCGAGAGAGGGAAAUAUUCAAAGCACGGCGCCAGCUGCUGAGCAGGAUGAGAGAUCUGCUGAGGCGGACUGCUGGCCAGAGAGAGGCAGAGAAUUUAGAGAGAGAACAACAGCUUACAUUAAACAGUACCUCAAACGAGUCCCACAGAACAGAAAAACACAGGAAACCACUGUUUAACUUCUGCUAUCACUGCGGCCGCUCUGUGUCUGUGAAGCUGACUCCUUGUAGCCGCUGCCACAAGGUCUCCUACUGCUCCAGGGCCUGUAAACUGAAAGCAUGGGACGAAAGACACAAGGAAGAGUGUGUCCGGGUGUCAGCAUCUGCUGAUGGCAUCCAGAAGAGUGUUGUGUUUAAAUCCCAAAGAGGCCCCAGGCCCUUGACUGUCAUGUUGAAAUCCAAAACCGUCCCCAGGCCCUUGAGUGUCAAGUUGAAAUCCCAAAGGGUCCCCAAGCCCCUGAGAAUGGCAGAGAAGGUCUUGGAGAGCCAAGUCAACCUGAAGGAAAACUACAGCUGCAACUGAUGGAUACUAAAAUUUAACUUUAUCUAACUAAUAUUGCACCUUUGUUACAUCAUUUCUUUUUCUGAUUCUGAGUCCUAACUUUAUAUGUCUGGCUGAAUGGUGAAGUCAGUAUUUUGUGCCAUAAUCAUUUCUCGUUGACAUUUUAUAUGUGUGGGUUUGCACUCUGUAUUUGUGUUGUAAUAAUGUCUGCCUCUAUGGUUGCAUAUAAUUUACAUAUUUUCAAAAUUAACCAAGUCAGAUUACCAGUACCAGAUUUUGGCUUUUACAUCUUUAUUUUUAACGCUAUAACUGUUGUUGAUCUUUUUUUCAUAUUAUUCUCUGGUUGAUUUUUUUAAGUUAGGUUAAGUAUAAAGAAACAUAUUAACAUAAAUUAAAAUUUUCCAGAGCUUUCAGUUAUAUCUUGUGGUCUUCAUCAGCAAACUAAUUCUUGCCCUUGGGAACAGUACUUUGACUUAUCUCAUCUACCUCUUUUCCCAAUGCUUUUAAUCACACCCCAAGUUUUUUGUCAGUAACUGGAGCUGUCUUAGUUUUCACUGUCGGUUUCUUAUUUAAAUCACAUGAUGAGAAGUAAACCUAACUCCCAGAGAGUCGCUGAUGAAGACCUUGAAAUAUGGUUGAAAGCUUCAGAAAAAAGCUGAGGUUAAAGGUGUUUCUUUAAUCAUUAAUGUGAUUAUUUUUGAGUGGGAAGUGGUACUAGGCUAGUUAUUGUUAAUGUGAUGAAAUAUGCCGCAAAUUGCUAAGUGCUUUGUAGCUUAUUUGCCCUGAUAGCAUAAGGGCUAGUCAGCAAGUCUGUCCAACACUUUAGUGCAGAGACAGAUGUACUUAAAUAACCACUGACCAGAUUACACUGACAUUUGUUGUGUUUCUGGUACCAAGAGGGUUUUUUUUUACCCACAUAGACUGAAUCAUUUCCAUUUCCUCAUGUGCCAAAGACUGUUAGCUCUGCAUGCAGGAUUUCUCUAAGAGGCAGAAUGGUGUGAUAUUUUCUGAGCACAGAGAACACUGAUAAUUUCACAGUAAUACGUGAACUGUAACAGCCUUUCCUACAGCACCACCCUCAAGACAAAUAUUACAUUCAUAAAAAGGUUCCAAGAAAAAACUAUGUCUGUGGGAUUGCAGUUAGCUUUAAUCUUCUUGUCACAUGUUCUACGGGUUGUAGCAUGUACCUACUAAAUUAGGUGCCAAGCAUUGAGCUCAUACAUGUAUGACAUUAUCAGAUUGUUUAUACUGAGACAAGAAUGUACAAGCAGAAUUUUACUGUUACAGCUAGUCAGUGUUUAACUACAUAAUAUGCUCCUGCCCCUUCCAGAGGGACACAAUAUAAAUCUGAGGGUUUCUGAGGUGAUUAAUGGGGUCGGAAAGAAGAAAAAACAAUUCUGCUUUUCCUCUAA